AGUCCCCCAGGGUCCGCCGGCCAGGGUUCCCAGGCCAGGCCGGUGAAUCUCCACAGACAUCCCGGGUCUCCUACUCCCAACCCCAGAAUGUGGGCAUGAACUGGCAUUGAUCCUGUCGUGACGAUGGCCUGGAGUUGGGAGCAGCGCGUACGGCGUCCUGUUGUAAACGCAUUGCAGAGUAUUAACUCGUUUAAUUGCAGUCGUCUGUGUGGACGACUGACAAGGAGAAAGUCUUGACUAUGUCUCUAGCUAGAAAAUCUUUUCAAGCAAUACACCAAUUUAGUUCGAAAGGAUGGAAGUCUUCAAAAGAUCUGAAAAGUCAGCUUGGACAUUUAGAAUCAGAACUUUCAUUUCUAAGUACGCUUACUGGCAUCAAUAUAAGAAAUUACUCCAAGCAGACCGAAGACCUAACAGGCACUGAGAUGACAGAAAAGAGUAUAAGAAAAGUUCUACAGAGACACCGAUUAUCAGGAAAUUGCCACAUGGUUACAUUUCAACUUGAAUUUCAGAUUCUGGAAAUUCAGAAUAAGGAGAGAUUAUCUUCUGCUGUUACUGACCUCAACAUAAUAAUGGAGCCCACAGAAUGUUCAGAAUUAAGUGAAUUUGUGUCUAGAGCAGAAGAGAGAAAAGAUCUGUUUAUGUUUUUCCGAAGCCUGCAUUUUUUUGUGGAGUGGUUUGAAUAUCGUAAGCACGCAUUUAAACAUUUCAAGGAAAAGUACCCAGAUGCCGUGCACCUCUCGGAGGGGCCCUCCUCCCCCUUCAUGGUGAUCCGCAGUGCCAGCCAGCCAGGGUUUGAAUUAGUAAUUGUUUGGAGGAUACAAAUAGAUGAAGAUGGGAAAGUUUUUCCAAAACUGGAUCUUCUCACCAAAGUCCCACAGCGAGCACUGGAGCUGGACAAGAACAGAGCCAUAGAAACCGCUCCUCUCAGCUUCCGAACCCUGCUAGGAGUGCUUGGAAUCGAAGCUGCUCUGGAAAGCCUUAUAAAAUCGCUUUGUGCAGAGCAGAACGGCUAAUUCCGAAACAGUGAACGGGGAGGAUUAAGAUGCUGUGCGGAGGAGCGUGCGAUUUUACUGAAUAUAAGCAUUUGCUAUUUUCCACUUAGAAACCACACCCUGAAGACCUGUCUUCUAUGCAGUUAAAGUAUAUUCUAUAGAAAUUUUCAUGACAUGAAGAAUAAAUAGUUACUUAAGUAUAAAAUGCCAAAUAAAAGUGACAUGUGGCCGGGUGCGGUGGCUCAUGCCUGUAAUCACAGCACUUUGGGAGGCCGAGGCAGGUGAUCACGAGGUCGAGAUCAAGACCAUCCUGGUCAACAUGGUGAAACCCCAUCUCUACUAAAAAUACAAAAAAUUAGCCAGGCAUGGUGGCGCGUGCCUGUAAUCCCAGCUACUCAGGAGGCUGAGGCAGGAGAACUGCCUGAACCCAGGAGGUGGAGGUUGCGGUGAGCCAAGAUCACGCCAUUGUGCUCCAGCCUGGGUGACAAGAGCGAAACUCCGUCUCAAAAAAAAAAAAAAAGGUGACAUGUACAAUGUGUUUUAUAAAAAUAAGCUUAACAUCUGAGAAAAUGUACCGAGUGGUUGUGUGUCCUCAGACGUGUGGGGAGGACCCAGUCCCCCAUCUCGGCCUCACACCAAGUCCACCAUGACAUGGCAGCCACACUGCUCAGCUAGGAGAAGCCACCCUUAUCCUGGUUCCUGCAUCCUGGCGGCUCUGGAGACAGAUGCCUAUGGCACCUCAUUUUUAAACUUUCAUUAGUAGCCCAGGGGAACCACGCCCAUGCUCCUUGCUGCCCCCAGGUCCCAACAGUGGCAUUGUGAGGCAGUCCCAGCAAGUUCUGAUGUUUUUCUUGGUCUUCCACAGGAAAAUGGAGCUGUCAGCUUCAAAACAAGAAUGUCCUAAGACAGCAAAGACAGCACUGUUCCUGGGCCAGGGUGCAAGGAAUGAGGUCCUUUAUGACAGACCCUGUGCAGAGUCUAAGUGCUAUAUCAAUAGUCCCAGAUGUGCCGUAAGAACCGUGAUCUCAUCAGUCACCCAUUAGCACUGUUAGGAUCUGUGAACUAGAGUUGUCUCAAACCAAUCAAGGCCGUCAUGGAGCCUCAACUAAGCAGCAGCAUCAGCUUCCAGGAGGGGCCAGAAAUACGUCCACAGCAGUGGCGCCUGCAGCUCAGGGGAUCCUCACAGCCUGGGCUUGUGGCAGCCAAGACCAGGCAGAAUGGGGGUCUCCAUCUGUUUUCUCUUCUUCAGUAUUUUCAUUGUGUCUAGUCCAGCCCUGUCUGGGCCCUGUGCUAGGCAGUAACUUUUGCAGCCCUGAAGGACCCAGAGAGCCCAGCCCACCUUCCCAUUGGGGUAGGGUUCCCUCACAUGUGCACUUGAACCCAAGACCCAGUGUCCUUCAUACUCUGUGACAGUGGGCAGAAUCAUCCCAAACAAGGCUUCCCCAACCCCAGCCCAGCAAGAGUGAACUCCCUUGGGUCAAGACAGUAUUCAUGGCCACUUCCCUCCACACUCCCAGAGCCUGCUGGUCAUCGCCAUGAGCUUUGUCCACUUCACUUAGGUGUCCAGUUGUCUAAGUAUCUUUCUGCACCUCUGAGUAUAGAAUAAAAUUAGAAGUAAAUAUUAGGACGGAAUUGAACAAUAAAUUCUAGAAGAGUUGCCUUGAUUCAAACAAGUAUAAUUCUCAAGUUAUCACAAAAUUUCCCACAAAAAUUUACAAUCAGCAAAAUAGUUUCCUUAUUUCUCAUGUAUCAUUUUCAUAUAAUUCCAUGGUUUCACUAUUAUAUGUUACAAUAAGCCUCCAUCAGUCCCUCAAAACGAUGAUAUAAAUAGUCUGUACAACCUAGCAUACAAUAAAAAACUGAAGCCAA